AUGACUCACCCUGAGGCUCAAUCACCAGUAACUCAAGUCAGCAAUAACGCAGACACUUCACAGCCAACAUUUAAUAAUCGAAUGUCCGCAACUCAAACAACACAAUCUGAGAAUAUAAAUUCAAGCUCUACUGGCGAUUCAACGACGUCGUCUUCCUUACCCUCAAAUAUCUCUCAACUUGACACAUCAUUAGUCGAGACAAAUAACCCGGAAUUAGGGAAUAAGAUCAACCUGACUUUACUAUUAGUUUCAGGGAAGCGACAGACUUUCUUCUUUGACCCUAGUUAUACAGUCUCCAUGGUCAAAAAACAAGUCUUUAAUGAUUGGCCUGAAGAAUGGGCUGAAGAAACCGUGCCAUCUAUUUCAUGUCUAAAAAUUGUCUAUCUAGGUCGAGUUUUAGAUGAUGGAACUACGCUUGAAGCCAACAAGAUUCAACGAGGACAAUCGAUCAUUAUGCACCUGGCAAUUAAAAACGCUAUAUCAUCGGAUAAUGACGAUCCAAAAUCAACUGAAAAUGCUCCAAAGUGUCAUUAUGGUCCAUUUAUAAGCCGACCAACCUCAAACCAAGUCAAACCAUUACUUCAACCAAAAAUUAAUUGA